AUGGAAAAGGUCGAGUCUCUCUUUUCUACCAUACAAGAGCCUACGACUCUGCUUACUCCAUCAACCAAUAUUUACACACAAGCUAAUCAAUGCUUAGACUCUUUAGCUAAGGAAUUGAAUCAGAUGCUUUUCACAAAAGGCUUCGACGAAGAGCAAAUAUGAGGACAAUUUGAGCUCAUUAAUAAAAAUUUCCUGCCAAAACUCCAGCAAGAUGCUGAAAAUCAUCAAGGAAUAUCCUAUUUCUUACGAAAUUGACAAUUUUUCUAUUAUUUCCUAUAAAUUUAUCAUUUUUGUUAAAUAUUCGAAAAAGUAUACAAAUGUUCGAAGAAAGUGAAGAAGAAUUAGAAUCAAGCGUCCUUGAAGAGAAUUCAGAAAACGAAGAGUCUUCUCAAAAUGAGGAAGAAAUCGAAGAGCAAAGCGGCAGCGAAAUGGAAGAAGGAUCUGAAAACGAAAAGUCUGAAGGAGAAAAAGAAGGAAACGCAGUGGAAGAUAAGUUUUUGAAGAUAGAUGAGCUUGAACAGUUUUUAAAAGAUGCCGAAAUGGAGGAGGAAGAUCCAGCAUUAGAAGUCUCUGAAGAGGAAGAUGAAGAGUCGAAUGAAAGUGAAGAGGAAGAAAACGAAGAAGAGGAGAAAGACUUCUUUAAAGGCCCUGAUGAAGAAGAAAGCGAAGAAGAGCAAGAAAAGCUAUUCACCUUUACAAGCCAUGAAGACAUGGACAAAAUUGAAGACAAACUUGUCUCCAACAAGCCAUGGCAACUUAGAGGAGAAAUCCUGUCCACCUCAAGGCCAGUGAAUUCUUUGCUUGACACCAAGCUAGAUUUCGAAUUGGCACGUAACCCUACUCCAAACACUCAAGCACCUGAAGUCACUGACCAAAUAGAAGACAUCAUUAAACAAAGGAUUUUAGACUUGGUCUUUGACGACGUCAAACCCAAACUUCCUAUAGAAAAGUCAAAAGCUUUGACCUCUCCAGAAGACUUUAUGAGCUAUGAAAAGUCAAAGAAAAGCUUGGCUGAGCUAUAUGAAGAAGAUUAUAAAAAAGACGUCCUUCGCAUCCCUAUGAAUGAAGAGCAAGAAAAGGCGAAACAAGAAGCCAUUAGAAUUUUCAAAAAAUUGAGCUACAGCUUAGAUCUUCUGUCAAGCUUGAAUCCAAUCGCAAAUCCUGUAGUAAAAGAAAUGGAAAUCAAAAGUGCUGAAGUUCCAGCGCUAGUGAUGGAAGAAGUAAUUCCGUUUGGGGUCAGCAGAGAGUCAACACUAAACCCUAGAGAAGUUUUUGACCCUUCAAAAGCUGAACUUAAAGCACCUGAGGAAUUGACAAGCACUGAUAGAAACAGCUCAAGAAGAAAACACAAGAGCACUAUCAGGACAAGGAAAAAGGAAAAACUUGUGAAACUUAUGGAAAAAAUGGCAAGAGACCCAAGAUAUGGCAAAUUCGAGUACCGAAAGAUGCUGAAGGAGCAAAAAGCUAAAAAAGAGCUGAUUGAAAACAAAAAACAAACAGAGACAAAGUUCACAAGGUCUUCAGAAUUUUUCAAAAAUCUCAAAAAAAUCAACAAAGAAGUCGAAACUCGGAAGAAAAAAGAAGAAAGUCACAACAACAUAAGCAAAAAAAUAAAACUUUAA